AUGCCUGCUCGUCAAGACCGAAUCAGAAUCACGAACACCAUCGGGCCUCCUCGUGAAGACGUCGACAUGGACUCUUUCGAGUACUACCUCAACCUCGCCAUGGGUCAAAUGGAACCUCAACGACCCUUUGCCCAAUGGCAGCAAGACUCCGACACCAACGGGGUUACGGAGGCCCCCCAGGGAGAAGAUGAAGACUUCGAGGGUGACACCGAGAUGCUUGGCUCCAAGGACAAGGAGAACGACCCGAGUCUCCUCCCCGCCAAUCUCCCCGAGCCUGGCAGACGCCCUCGUCGUCGCCAGCAGCAGCAGCCCCAGCCCCAGCCCCAGCCUCAACCUCGUCUCCGUCCUCGCAGGAAGGUCAAGCUGACCGACCCGGAGCUCGACUUUGAGAUCUUCGAGGACGAGACAGCCACCCCUGGUCAGCCCUUCCAGCGGGAGUACUACGGCAGCAACGUCCCGGCCCUGGGCGAGCUCAAGAACGGCGAGCAGUUCGACUACGCCAUGGCUCACUCGCUCCGCCAGAAUUACAAAUAUCUGAUGAGACUGGCCCUUGAGAACGAGGACGAGGACCUGUACAAGCUGCUGAUCAAUGUCUACGAGGACCGGUACACCACCUGGCAGCGCUUUUCUGGCGCCAUGGAGUGGAUCGUCGGCUGCAACCCCAUGGACGUCUGGCUUUGGGUCGAGGACAAGGGGUACCACAAGCGCUGGACCAAGCACCAGAUUGUGCAUUUCAAGGAAUUCCUCACGUUCAUGAACACUUGCAUUCUCAACGGCAUCGGCGUCAACGACCCAGUUGCGGCCGAGAAUUUGGACAACUGGAACACCACCCUCAUCACCAGCCGCUUCAAGAGCUUGGACCUGCCCAACCUCCACAUGGUGAAAAACAACGAGAUGAGGGUGUCGUUCAUGCCCAACGGCCCGGACGAGAAACUCCUCUACAGAGCGGACUACACCGCCGAGGAGCUCGCGGUCCUCGAUGCUGGGUGGGAGGGGCCGGGACGGUGGGCUCCGGGUGAGGAGCCGGGGCCGGAGGCCGAUUAUGUGGAUGAGAUGUUUGUGGACUCGGAAGGGUCUGAGAGAGAGGACGCCGAUUAUGUCUGGGAGGAGAGCUCCAUGGAGAGCUAUGAGAUGUCUGUGGACGAGCAGGAGGAGGAGGAGGAGGAGUCUGAGAGAGAGGAGGCCGACUAUGUCUGGCAGGAGAGCUCCGACUUGAUUGCCAUGUAA